AUGAGCAAUGGAUUGCAAUUGCGACGGCAACCACCAAAGACGCCUGGACAUUUGCACUCAGCUCCUCUCCAGAGGCCGCAGAUUCGACACAUUGUCAUUGGAGAUGAAAAAAAAAGGGUCCUCUGCGUCAACCACAUCCACAAACGUGCGUGGUGCACUGGCGAUGAAAUGCCGGAUCCUUUCGUGGAAGGUGAAAUCCAUGAGAAAAAGGUCAUGCUGAGCGUCCGGAAGGGAGUUAAUGGAAUCUACCGUUUCGAACUGCUGCUGGACAACACGAAAGUUGCUGUCGAGGUCUACUGCGCUCAACUGCAAAGACUGACCGACAAGAUCUGCGAGGAGCAGUCGAAGCUCGACAACGCUCGCCUGCUGCACGAUAACCCUCACAUUGCGAAAAAGACUUCCCAGAAAAUUCUGGAGCUCGGAUGGUAA